UACAUCGCCAACACCGUGAUGGCGGAGGCACUACCUCAGCCUGACAUGUCGCACCUCACCCCCGAGGAGAGGCGCAUCAUAGAGGGUGUUUUAAUGCGCCAAAAGGAGGAGGAGGAACAGGAUCAUGAGAUUAUGAGACGAAAGCAAGAUGAGGUGCAGACUCUCGAAGAAACGAUACGGAUGCGUUCGGAGAAACACAAAAAGGCUGGGGUCGAACUUAACGCCACAUGUCACAUAUGCCUGAAAACCAAGUUUGCCGACGGCAUCGGUCACAUCUGCACCUACUGCAAAACCCGAUGCUGCGCACGCUGCAGUGGAAAGGUCACUUUACGGUCAACCAAGGUGGUGUGGAUGUGCGUACUUUGCAAGAAGAAGCAGGAACUUCUUUCGAAGACCGGACAAUGGAUGACGAGGCCGGGCCUCGCCGUGGACAACGCGAUGAUGCGGCAAAUGCAGGAAGACUUGCAGGUGGGUGGUCAUCAGGGACUCGCGGACCAAACUCGGGAUAAAAGACCGAAACUCGAGAGGGCGCACAGCGCGGCUGAGAAAGAGAAUUUGCCGUUAUUACAGAGAAGCGGAAACUGUCCUCUCAGGAGACAGUACUCCCAGCAAGAGCAGAUCUCGGGUCGCCGGAUGUCCACGAGCGACAGUGGGGUAGAAAUGUCUGUUUCACCUCACGCGAGAACUUUACCGACACCCCAUGUAAUUGGUUCUUAUCCGAUGCAACAAACUCCGAGGCAUCCUGCAGCCUAUCCUGACGACGAUCCCAAUUUAUACCGAGGCGAGCUUGACGGUCUGAUGAAACAACAUCCGCAGAACUAUUCGAGACAACGAUUGACUUAUCAAGAUCAGGGUACAGACCUCGGAAUGACUUACGGUCAGACACCGAUGGAGACUGGCUCCAUUCGUUCUGCAAUGCAUCCCUCGCAGCAUUCGUUGCAUCAGACGCAGGGCGGACGUUCUGCCCAACCUACGUCAACAGUGGGCGUCACGCAACAAAGAAGUUUCAGUAGCAGCGAGGAAGAGCGAAGCACACCGGAGUGCGCCAGUGACGAGCCGGACGAAUCGGAGAAGGGGAAGGGGUACUACCACCACACGGGAGGUCCGAAAUCGAUGUCCAGUGGUGGGCGUAGGCACAACGGAUUCCACAAUGGGCACCACGGGUCGGGCGCGGGCAUGACGGCCGUGGAGCAUAACGGCCACCAUCCACCGCGAGAGCCGCGAAAAGAAGAGAGCACUCUCGUCAGACGGAGCUUCCGAAGGUGUGGCGACGAGUGGCGUGCCGACAGUAGGAGGUUCACGGAGAGAAGGGGGAAAAAGACAGUGCGUUUUGACGGUGGGACCAAUGUCGGCGGCCCUCAGGAGGAGGAAUGGUCUUGGGAGGCCGAUCGGCAGGGUAGCCAAGACAGCGCGACCAAAGACUCCGGGAUAGACACUUCUAGCACCUUCACGAGCAGUGAAGACAGCAACAGGGGCGAUCUGCCCAAGCAUCCAUUAUCCUGGCAAGCGAGCGAGGACGGUCAGAAGAUCAUCGGCCACAUGGUUUUACGAAAAUCGGCCGGCUCCGGAAGCUGUAGUAGUAUACUCGGACUAAAAGUUGUCGGUGGCAAGCUAUUAGAAGAUGGUUCCAUGGGUGCUCUGAUCGAGAAAGUGAAAAAGGGUAGCACGGCGGACGUAGAAGGUCAACUUAGACCCGGUGACGAGGUGAUCGCGUGGAAUGGAAGGUCCCUUCAAGGCAAAAGCUUCCGGGAGGUUUACGACAUUAUCGCCGAAUCGAGGUUGGAGCCACAGAUUGAGCUCAUAGUUGAGAGAAAGUUGUCGACAAUGGGCAUGGCGCCUGCAGGACCGGGCCCAUCGACGCCCAUGACAUCCAGGAGAAUCGUUGCUCAAAGCCAAUGGAGACAGAAACACGAAACCAUCUCCGGACCUCCGACGCCGCACCACAAAGUUAGAAAAGAUUAUAUCCUAGUCGAAGCUGCACGAUCACUUGCAGAAUUGUACGACGCGAGGCGUGAGAAACCCUCGGUUUUAGUGACGUCGCCGGGCUCGCCGGACCUGUACGCCCAAGGACGCAGUCGACACUCCCGACAUCCGACCGGAAAUGCGAACGUGGGCGGCAGCAUCCAGGUGAAGCUGGGCUUCGAUCCCGUGGGACUUCAGCUGAUCGUCACGAUAAUAUGCGCCGCGGGGCUCACCCCAAAGAGCAACGGCCAACCUAGAAACCCUUACGCCAAAGUUUUUCUGCUUCCUGACAAAAGCGAAAAAUCGAAACGACGUACGAAGACUGUGGCAAACACGAACGAUCCCAGAUGGAAUCAGACUUUCGUUUAUAAUGGAGUCAGACGUUCGGAGCUGAGGAAGAGAGCACUGGAGAUUACGGUCUGGGACUACGCUAGGUACGAGGCGAACGAUUUCCUCGGCGAGGCUGUCCUGGAAUUGGCAGUAUGUCUCCUGGACGAGGAACCAGAAUGGCAUUCUCUGACCGCUCACGGAGAACACCGGCACGUUAGGCAUUACCAAGAUGAUGACAUGAUAGAUUGUCAUCUUAGUCCGCCAUCGACCACCUCGAGAUUAAGUGACUCCGACACCUCGGAGUGCGACAUUACGGAUUGUGACGUGUCUAGAGAACAGAGGAGAACGGCUGACGGUGCCAGCAUAAGCAGUAUUGGCAGUUCCUCUAGGUUUCAUAAUAUGCCGUCAAAUUAUAAGCGCCACUAUUCUAGCCCACCGCCGGAGAGAGAACUCUGCAUCGAUGGUGAGCAUCGGAGUCGAAGAGAUAUGUCACCUCAGGGACGCAAAAGGGCAGCCCUAAUGAUUUCUCGUGACCAACCCGCUACUAUCGGCUCGAGUUACCAGACAUAUCGUAAGGACGAGAUCCAUCGGGGAAUGAUGGGUCACAGGUCGCAUAGCGCGGCACCUAUGGAUUCUCCAAGCAUUAGAUAUCGAGGAAGGUCUCAGAGUCCCACCGGUCAUCGUUCCUUGUCUCCACCCGAGCAUAGAUCGAUUCCCUACUCGCACGGAUACGUUCAUACGACGAGAUUUGGCUCGAGAUCGGCGACCGCUACACCUACUGGAUCGCCAAAGAAACGUCAGCUACCUCAAAUCCCGGCAGCUUUAAAGGAAAGAGUCGCGCAAGAUUUUGAGGAACGAGCAAGAUUCAUGAGACAUCGCAACAGACAGUCGAUAUACAGGAGCACGGGUAUGAGAGGCUGGGAAAGGCAUUAUAGUGGCCUUUCGGACUCGGAUCUUCCUUCAAUCGGACACGAUCCAUUAACAUUGUCACACAGUCACGCUCACAGAAUGCACAGGCCGAGGAGGGGGCAUUUAAGUCCCGACAAAGAUGUAUUGGGUGAUCUUGGAGAUUCUGACAUGGAAAGCAUAGCUUCGGUAACGAGCAGUGCCUUUAGUACUCAAUCGGAACGUCCACGUGGAUCGAGAGCGCUAAUACCGACAGUUUUAAUACCCGGUGCCAUAUCCCCCAUACCUUCGCCCCCUAGGCGCAAUAGGCGCAGGCACAAACUUAGGGUACCCUACAGCGAAUGUCAUUGUCCCAUCAAGCCCAAAAGCAACAACCCUAGCAAGUGUCCCACCCUACAUCCCCUCGUACGGAGCAAGUCCGCAGUGGUACGCUCGUUGUACAAAAAGAUGUGUACGCCAUUCACGAGAUCGCAGACCGUCGACGAGAACAUGCUGAGAUAUUACAGCUCCGAGACCAGCGAGUACAGCGUUUCCGAGGGGUACAUACUCAAGCCAGAGAGACUCGUAGCUAGUAGCGCUAAGAAUCGUAUACCGGCGAUAUACGUCGAAGAUUGCCUCCGCGUCAACUUUAACGAUCGUUUUGUGGAAAAGUUUCGCUCUAGGUAUUCGACGCCGUAUCUCGCAGGAGGAUUUGAUACAUUGAGCAUAGACGCUAGAUUGCAUCCGCGUAGGUCUUUUUUGUCCGCUAAGACUAGGAGCUUCGACGUGAUGCACGAUACAUACGGUGAUCGUUUCGAUACUAGGCCAGGGGCCGUCGGUCUGCUAUCGCGCCGGGCCAAGAGUUUCGAGUACGAGAGCAUUUCGAGCAACAUAUUCAGCGACGACAGUCUCAGGACGGCCAGAAGAAAACUCAAGCGGAAUCUCUCUCUCAGCGACGCCGGGUAUGGUGACAAGAUACCGGCGCUGGACGAUCAGAGCAAAUCCUACUACGAUUCUAACGGUGACGACAAAGUGCCUACGAGUCUCACGAAUAAAGAGACAAAUUACGAUUUUCUGCUCGAUCAGGACCACAAACCGUUUUAUGGAUAUGACUCGGAAUUUAGUUGCGGCGAAACAGGAACGGAGAUUUACGUUCCAAGUUUCGACAAGCAGAACACCGAGACCGACGAUUAUCAAGCUUCUUAUAGUUCCCGUUUAACGGACGACAAUGGUCUCUUCAGUGACAACGACCGUGCUAAUCUUAGAAAUGUUCUGGACAAGGAUGAUACUAGUAAGAAAAAAUACAUGGAUGGAAGUUACUUGAAUCACGACACCUCGUAUAUUAGGGAUAUAUCUCCAGGGACAAGAACGAAGAAAGUAGACAGCGAUCUUCGUACUUCGAUUGGUGAUGUCUAUAGUAAUAUUGAGGAAACUUUUUCAUCUAGUAAAAAUUAUGAUCGUGAUAUUCUCGCGAGAACCGCCACAAAAAUCCACGAUGUCACAAAAUCCACUAACAUGGAUGAGUGGAUGUCGAAGAACGUAAAAGGUGUCCUGCGGUCUCAUGGAGCAACUGGUCGUUCUUAUCAAGAGGAUAGGUAUAAGACUCGCGAGAACUGGGACACUGAUUACGACGAAGGAUUUAUAGAUCGGGAAAAGGACUACGAACAGAAGCAGUUUAGUUACCUAGACAAAGGCAUUUGUGCCUUAAGAACUAGUGGAUCAGUGCGCGAAGGUGAAUAUUUUCAUGAUAUAACGAAACGUUCUUGUGCUGUUCAGGGAAAAUGUUAUGCACUAUCUGAUGAUGAUGACAAAAAGUUCACGACGAACGAUUACGUCAGUUUUCGUUCGUCCGACGACUACGAUUAUUGGACUACGCACAGUAAGGCGGAAACAUACGAGGAUGGAUUCGUGCCGCGAAGACGAAGGCGAAGAAAUAGGAGAGGCAGUAGAGAUGGAGGCGCAGGUGACUACGAGACCCUGCCACGGACCAGAGACGUGUCAGGCGCUCAAUCGAGAAUGGAGAGCAAGAAAUUGAUGACAAUCCAACGAACGGAGUCCACGCCGACCCUACACUCAGACGAAGACGUGAACUCGCUUGCAGACCGCGCCAGACGUAUGUACCGUCGCAAGCGAAACAGCAGUUGUCCAGAGAGUAGAGAUCUACGAAUGUAUGGUCCGCGAGGAAACGGUGAGAGAACUGUACUGGAAUCUGACGAGGAGUUCGGGUCAAUGGAGACGGUAGUCGGCGCUGAUUAUUUCCGUCGUACUUCGGGCUACGUGGCGGACGCUAGAACAAACGACGGCAUUAGAUCGGGCUUCUUUGACGCGGAACAAGACCGUGAUAGCUACUUAGACGCAAGAUACGAUCACGAGGACCGAUAUCAGGAUCGCAGUUAUCCGGUGGCACGCGGGCUAGUUAGGUCAGGGUCGCAACGUUCUUCGAGUCGCGAUGCGCGAUACGUAUCGCGCACUAGGCGUAAGAGUAGUUGCCCGGAGUGUCGUGAGCUAGCACUGUCCUCCUCGGAGUUAGGUAGGUCGGGAUCGCUAUCGCGAAAGGGUGACGAUCUUCGGCGUUCAUCGUUAGAGACGAAGCAUAGAUAUCGUAGGCGGAACAGCAGCUGUCCGGAGGCUAGGGAUCUCGAAAUGCUCGAGAAGAGGCAGCGUCAGCAGCAAUUCGUGCAGCUCCAUCAGCAGCAACAGCGGCACUCAAGUCAGCAGUAUCAGCAGCAACCGCAGCAGCAACGGCAGCAUCAGCAGCAGCAAGCGCAGCACCAGCAACCGCAGGGAAGUAGUAAGAGGAACGUGGCGAUCAGCGACACCCUCGAGUACUACGAGUACUCGAUGGAGAGCGAGAGCCAAUGCAGCGAGAACUGCGGAUUUGGCCCGUGCGAUCCGCGUAGGCCCCGUAACCGAGCACCCCGCCCUGGUAACGCUAAUUCGAGUCUCUUUGAUUCCCAAACCGCUACCUCCGACACUGCUAAAAACUACCACCCACGGAUCGACGAUCAUCACCACCAACACCCACAAAACACGAAAACGUCGCCGCUCGCCAAUGUCGCCGAUGUGGCGUCGACGUUUCUGCCACCGUUGCCGCCGUCAUCCUUGUCGUCCGCUCGACGACGAUCCCGAAAAAAAUCCAUUUACGACGUCGACGUCGUCGCCGCCGUCGCCGAUCGUCGCGACGACGACGACGCUCGGAAUCGUCGUUCUUCAUCUAUGCCCGAAAGCAGCGAGUACACCAGUCAGUCGAGCUCGUACGAGAAGACGUCCAGACGCCAGGUCAUCGACAAUGGCCAUGACGAGCACGAUAAGAGAAGUCAGUUCACCAGAAGUCUCAGUAAUGCCGAUGUGCCGCAGGACGAAAAAGACACGGGUAGUUUCAGCGAUACUGCGAUUGCAUUGAACGUUGAAGAAGCAGCGAGGAGAGGUCGUAAGAGCUCGCCAGGAAGUAAAAGCGGAAGUGGCAGCAGUAGCGGAAGCGCGGUGCAGUACCAAGCGGGUUUGGGCAAGAAGAGCAAUAGUACCAGCCAAUUAUCUGCGACAGUUCACAGGAGCGAGGAGGUCCUGCCGCCGGAGGACACGGUCGGUGGUAGGAGCGGCCGGCAGCCGAGCUCCGCGAGCAGCGACGGCGAGGGGAGCGGCGACGGGGACAGUUGGUCUCCCAGCCUGCGAAUGGCAGGCGACGGGCAGUUGAGAAAUUUCAUUGAAGAUCUCGGACCAGGCCAAGUGGUCGGAAGACAAGCACUCGCUACCCAUUGCCUCGGCGAGAUUCAGCUGUCGUUGAGCCAUACGAAGGGUUACCUUGAAGUAGAGGUCAUACGUGCCAAAGAACUCAAAGCGAAACAAGGCAGUAAAGUAAUACCAGCUUCUUACGUGAAGUUGUAUCUGGUGAACGGUAAAAGAUGUAUAGAGAAAGCGAAAACCACGACGGCCAGAAAAACGCUGGAUCCAUUCUAUGGUUCGCAAUUAUUGGCUUUCAAAGAAAACUGCCGAGGUUGUAUAUUACAGGUGACAGUAUGGGGAGACUACGGUCGGAUAGAGGGAAAAAAAGUGUUCAUGGGUAUUGCACAGAUCAUACUGGAUGAGCUGGACCUCAAUCAGAUGGUGAUCGGAUGGUACAAGCUGUUUGACACCCAAGCCCUGGUCAGUGGAGCUUCAUCUCUUGCUUUGUCCCGUCGAUCUUCGGUUACGUCUCUCGAUUCUUUUAAAAUCUAAAAGAAUGACUGUCCGAAGAACGUACCGAAAUAUUCCUUUUAUACGUAUUUACUGAAGAGAUCUUUAAGUUUCUUGCAGUAGACAGAGUAGCGCAGACACAGUUGAGUUCGAGCUCCUAUCGCGGUGCACCCAGUCGCUUUUAUCAUUAACAGAAUACUGAAAUGCACGAGUCUCGAUGUACAAGAUAGUAUUACAUUUGAUUAAACAAUAGAAAAUGUAUGGAAAUUAUUAUAAACAUCUUUAAUAACUUAAGUGACACGUAUAAAAUCAUUGCUUGAUGAUAUUAAAUGUAGUAUUAAAUAAAUAUAUUAGGGGAUAGAGAGUUCGAAUUACUACAACCAUAAAUUGAAAGAAGUGUUUAAAUAAUUCUUUACCGUGUUGUAAUAUUACAUAUUCUUCACUAUGGUUGACAGAAUUGAAAAGAAUCUUAUACACCCUACACGCGUAUUCCCCAUAGGCUAUUAAUGUCGAAGCCUAAAGCUAUUUAACGAGUGACGUUCGGCUCUGAAUACGGUAAAGUAAGUUUAACGAACAACAUAACGAGGAAUAUACAGUAUGAAAAGUGCGAUUGUAUACGGAUAAUAAAAAAUUCUGCGAAAUCGGAAUGAAAACGAGAGAUAUAAGCAAUACAAAGGCGAUGCGAGAAUUUAAAAAGAGUGAAAAAACAUACGAAAGGAUGUCUUUCUAGAAACACCACUAGUACAUCACAUAUAAUGUACGGCAUAUCAGACGAGCCACUAGUCUGUAUGUAGACUAGAUGUAGACGUAGCAGCCAUGUUCCCGGAGCGCCAGAUAGUUUUAGUGAAAACAAAUUAAAUCGAGCAAGUUCAGGAUAGAUGUGAACUCAAAUGUGGUGCACUAGAUAAAUAAGAUGUGAAACGGUCAAUGACACUCGUUUUCAGUGAAUCUAAAUGUGGUUAAGUGAAAAAUGAAAUUCAUGAACACAGUGAGAAAUAUGCGAUACAUGGAUAAAUCACGGACUUCAUUUAAACGGCAUGUGAGAGAGAUUUAAAAUAUUGAGACAUUUCAAAUGAGAAGACAUUUCCAAACUUUGUAUAUAAUUUAGGACAGUUCAAGUAUGUCGAUCUCCGAAACGAUCGGCUAAAAGACAUUUAUCGUUGUCAAAUUUUUAGUCAAAAAUGUCACCGUCAGAGCAUAUAUUAUUUAAUGUAAAUAUUAUAAUAACACUAAUAUGAGAAUUUGCGAUAUGUGCGCGCAAGUUUGAAUGGAUAAUGACAUUUACUUUAUAUUCUCGUUGACUUUCUACGAUGAUCGUC